AUGAAGGUUGAUGUACAGCCACCGGAAAAACCGAAAAUCCCAUUACCAACACUAUCUCAAAUAAAUGCCGAUAGAAUAACUCUUUUAGCUCAACAGUACUGGUCUCCGCAAACUAAAGAGGAACACUUACCUUAUGAUGCAGCUAUCGUGGAGUCAAUUUAUCAAGCAGAGAUCCUCGGUUCAAAUUUUGGUGUCCGUCGGAUCAUGAUGUUAGAGUUUUCUCAAUAUCUUGAGAACUAUCUUUGGCCACAUUAUGUGACGGGGGAGGCUACACACUCACAUAUGAUGUCAAUUAUAGUUAUGAUCAAUGAGAAGUUCAGGGAGAGGGUGCCGGCUUGGCAGGCAUUUCUCAAACAACCGGAUCACUUCCCUGGUUUCUUUGAGCAAGUUUUAAAAGCAAGUGUAUCAGAUAGCAACCAUAUGAAGGAACAGACAGCAUUGUUGUGUUUCUUGAACCACUGCUUUGGUAGUAUGGAAGUACAACUUUGUAGGGAUCAAGUGAAACGAUUGGUUUCACUCAGUAUGUGGAUUAGUUUACAAGAAGGUAGAAGAAACCAAGAAUUCAAAGCUGUACCGAAAUGGCGGAAAUAUUGGAGAGCUAUACAAAAGAAAGAUAAGCCUGAGUUGUUAGAAAAAUUGAACUGGGAGCGGAGGUAUCUUCAGCGGCUGAUGAUUAAGUUUAUGGGGAUCCUGGAGAGUAUUCCGGAGACUGGUGAUGUUAAUGUUGAUGCUGUUCGGUACUGCGAGAGGUUUCUUGAGCUGGUGAUCGAGCUAGAAGCCUUACUGCCGACUCGUCGGUUCUUCAACACCGUGCUCGAUGAUUGUCACCUCGUUGUUCGCUGUCAACUGGCUCCGCUCGUCAGACGAACAGAAGGACAGCUGUUUGCACAGUCAAUUAAAAAGGAACGUUUAAAAAUAUCUGUUUGUACUAACGAAAUUUAA